CAGUUUCCCAGGAUUGCUGCGGGAGUCGGAGGCUGCAGGGCGGGGAGAGUGUGGCCCAGGCUGCCGGAGCGGAUACCUAUCAUCUGGAGACGACCGGCACGGCUGAGGCUGGAGACGUGCGCUUCCUUUCUGGGAAUUUUAAAAACCUCAUUUUUUUUUCCUUAAAACGAGCAGCAGAGGAGUCCCUGGAGUUUCCUUUUAAACGAGAGCCUUCAGAGCGGUACGAUGGAGGAUGGGAAGCCGGUGUGGGCGCCCCACCCAACGGACGGGUUCCAGCUGGGAACCAUAGUGGACAUCGGAGCUGACAGCCUCACCAUUGAACCUCUCAAACAGAAGGGAAAGACAUUUUUGGCUCCCAUCAACCAAGUCUUCCCUGCAGAGGAUGACCCCAACAAACAUGUGGAGGAUAACUGUUCUUUGAUGUACUUGAAUGAAGCCACUUUGCUCAACAACGUCCGUGUGAGAUACAGCAAAGAUAAAAUUUAUACGUUUGUAGCCAACAUCCUGAUCGCCGUCAACCCAUACUAUGACAUCCCAAAGCUUUACUCGCCAGACACCAUCAAGAAGUAUCGAGGCCGGUCGCUGGGCACGCUGCCGCCGCACGUCUACGCCAUCGCUGAUAAGGCGUACAGGGACAUGAAGGUCCUGAAGAUGAGCCAGUCCAUCAUCGUCUCAGGGGAGUCCGGAGCUGGGAAGACUGAGAACACCAAGUUUGUGCUCAGAUACCUGACAACCUCAUAUGGAACCGGCCAGGACAUAGAUGAGAGAAUAGUGGAAGCAAAUCCCUUGCUGGAGGCUUUUGGAAAUGCGAAAACUGUCCGCAACAACAACAGCAGUCGCUUCGGAAAGUUUGUGGAGAUCCACUUCAACGAGAAGAACGCCGUCGUGGGCGGCUUCGUGUCGCACUACCUGCUGGAGAAGUCGAGGAUCUGCAGACAAAGCCCCGAGGAGAGGAACUACCACAUCUUCUACCGACUGUGUGCCGGAGCCCCCGAGGACAUCAGGCAGAAGUUCCACCUCGGCUCUCCAGACACGUUCAGGUACCUGAACAGAGGAUGCACUCGCUUCUUCGCUACCAAAGACACGGACAAAAAUAUCAUGCAGAACCGCAAGAGCCCAGAGCACAUGAAGUCGGGCCCUCUGAAGGAUCCGCUGCUGGACGACCACGGCGACUUCAACAGGAUGUGCGUUGCCAUGAAGAAGAUCGGCCUGGACGACACGGAGAAGCUGGAUCUGUUCAGGGUGGUGGCCGGCGUGCUGCACCUCGGAAACAUCGACUUCGAGGAGGCUGGAAGCACAUCAGGCGGCUGCGCCAUCAAGAACCAGUCGAGUAAGACGCUGGAGCACUGUGCCGAGCUGCUGGGCCUGGAUCAGGGGGAUCUGAGAGUCAGCCUCACCACCAGGGUCAUGCUCACAACAGCAGGGGGCGCCAAAGGAACAGUCAUCAAAGUGCCGCUCAAAGUGGAGCAGGCCAACAACGCUCGGGACGCCUUGGCGAAGGCCGUGUACAGCCGCCUGUUCGACCACGUGGUGACCAGAGUCAACCAGUGCUUCCCCUUCGACUCCUCUGCCAACUUCAUCGGUGUCCUGGACAUUGCUGGCUUUGAGUACUUUGAACACAACAGCUUCGAGCAAUUCUGCAUCAACUACUGUAACGAGAAACUGCAGCAGUUCUUCAAUGAGCGCAUCCUUAAAGAGGAGCAAGAGCUGUACCAGAGGGAGGGGCUCGGAGUCAACGAGGUUCACUAUGUCGACAAUCAAGACUGCAUAGACCUGGUGGAGGCGAAGUUGGUCGGCAUCCUGGACAUCCUGGACGAAGAGAACCGUCUACCUCAACCCAGCGACCAGCACUUUACCGACACUGUUCACAACAAACACAAGGACCAUUUCCGCCUGACUGUUCCCAGGAAGUCUAAGCUGGCCGUCCACAGGAACGUGAGGGACGAUGAAGGAUUCAUUAUCAGACACUUUGCAGGAGCCGUGUGCUACGAAACAACCAAGUUUGUGGAGAAGAACAAUGACGCUCUGCACAUGUCUCUGGCGUGUCUGGUCAGUGAGUCCAAGGACCGCUUUGUUCGCGAAUUGUUUGAGAACUCCAACAACAACAAAGACGUCAAGCAGAAGGCUGGAAAGCUCAGUUUCAUCAGCGUCGGCAACAAGUUUAAGACCCAGCUGAAUAUUCUCCUGGACAAGCUGCGCAGCACGGGCUCCAGUUUCAUUCGCUGCAUUAAGCCCAACCUGAAGAUGGUCAGCCACCACUUUGAAGGAGCUCAGAUUCUCUCCCAGCUGCAGUGCUCAGGUAUGGUGUCCGUGCUGGACUUGAUGCAGGGUGGCUUCCCCUCCAGAGCUCCCUUCCACGAACUCUACAACAUGUACCAGAAGUACAUGCCUCCCAAACUCACCCGCCUCGACCCUCGCCUCUUCUGCAAGGCUUUGUUCAAAGCCCUGGGACUGAAUGAGAAUGACUACAAGUUCGGCCUGACCAGAGUGUUUUUCCGGCCGGGGAAGUUUGCAGAGUUUGACCAGAUCAUGAAGUCGGAUCCAGACCACCUGGCGGAGCUGGUGAAGAAAGUCAACAAGUGGCUCAUCCACAGCCGCUGGAAGAAGGUCCAGUGGUGCGCUCUGUCCGUCAUCAAACUGAAGAACAAGAUUUUGUACCGAACCGGCGCCUGUAUCAUGAUGCAGAAGACAGUCCGGAUGUGGCUCUGCAGGAAGAAGCACAAGCCUCGAAUCGACGGGUUAGUCAAAGUGCGUAACCUGAAGAAGAGGAUGGACCGCUUCAAUGAGGUGGUGGGAGGACUGAAAGAGGGCAAGAAGGAGAUGAGCAAGCAGGUCCAGGAGCUGGAGGCCGCCAUUGACGCUUUGAUAGCCAAAAUCAAGAGCACCAUGAUGGGCCGGAUUGACAUCGACCACGAGUACCAGGCCCUGGUGACCCGGUCGGAGAAGCUGCUGACCGCCAUGCAGAACAAGAAGAAGGAGGAGGAGGAGCGAGAGCGGCUGAGACGCAUCCAGGAGGAGAUGGAGAAAGAGAAGAAGAGGAGGGAGGAGGAGGAGCAGCGCCGCAAGCAGGAGGAGGCGGACAGGCGACUGAAAGCAGAGAUGGAACUGAAGAGGAAGCAGGAAGAGGAGGAGAGGAAGAGGAGGGAGGAGGAGGAGAGGAGGAUUCAGAUGGAGAUGGAGCUGCAGCUGCAGGCUGAGAGGGAGGAGGAGGCGGCUCGGGAGGCCAUCCUGGCGCAGGAGAGGAGGGACCGGGAGCUGGCCCUGAGGAUCGCCCAGAGCGAGGCUGAGCUCAUUCCUGAGGAAGUGGCCAACGACUCGGGCCUGCGCAGUAAUGGCUCCUCAGUCCCAUCGUCCCCAGAGAGAGCAGCCGCUCCUGUAACCACAAAGCUCAAGAGCUUGACCAUGGAGGAAAUGGCGAAGGAAAUGUCUGAACUUCUGGCUAGAGGUCCACAGGUCCAGGCCUCCAAGGCUGCUGCUACAGCCAAGAAGUACGAGCUGAGCAAGUGGAAGUAUGCUGAGCUGCGGGACGCCAUCAAUACCUCAUGCGACAUCGAGCUGCUGGCUGCCUGCAGGGAGGAGUUCCACCGCCGGCUCAAAGUUUACCACGCCUGGAAGUCAAAGAACAAGAAGAGGAACACGGAGACGGAGCAGCGGGCGCCCAAAUCUGUCACCGACUACGAUCAUGCACCUCCUGUGAGAAAAGCAUCCCAGCAGAACCCAGCCCCGCCCAUACCGGCACGGCAGUAUGAGGUGGCGAUGAACCGGCAGCAGCGCUACUUCCGCAUCCCGUUCAUCCGGCCGGGCGACCAGUACAAAGACCCCCAGAACAAGAAGAAGGGCUGGUGGUACGCUCACUUCGACGGGCCCUGGAUCGCCAGGCAGAUGGAGCUGCAUCCAGAUAAACACCCCAUCCUGCUGGUGGCAGGGAAGGACGACAUGGAGAUGUGCGAGCUGAGUCUGGAGGAAACGGGCCUGUCGAGGAAGAGGGGCGCUGAGAUCCUCCCCCGGCAGUUUGAGGAGAUCUGGGAGCGCUGUGGCGGCAUCCAGUACCUCCGCAGCGCCAUCGAGAGCCGGCAGGCGCGACCCACCUACGCCACAGCCAUGCUGCAGAGCAUGUCUAAGUGACGGGGCAAACAAAGGGACGAAUGCACCAGCUACCUGACACAGAUGGCGUCUGAGCGCACUGCACCAGGUUCUGACUGCAGGGCAUUCAACGCGGGUUUUCUCAACUGUCCUUUUGUUCCUCUUUUGUCGAUAAGUUGUUGUUCUUGCGGGCUUUCGGUUCCUCGAUGGGCAGGGCAGGGAAGUUUUGCAUUGAACCCUAUGCAGAAAAAAUCAUACUAAAUGAUCACAUCCGGUUGUUUUCCAAGGAAUUCUGUUUUCUGUAACAUUUCUGCAAGUCUAACUAUGAGGCCUUAAUACUACUUUAACAGGGUUUAAUUGACGAAAAAUAGGACUUAUUUUUUUUGUUCGAAGCUGCCUCCCCAAACCAGAACUUUUAAUUCCUCUGUAAUUAUGCAUUCCUGAUGAUUACACUGAAGUCUCACUGGUGUGUCGCUUCCAUCUUAACAGUUAGCUGGUGAUCCCUCUCCAACUUAAAACCUGCUGUUUACAUUGUCUUCAUGUGGUUCUUACAGGGCAAAAACAAACUUGCACAAGGAGUUGUCAGCUCUCACCGUGAGGCAGUGCUGCAUGAGUGUCAGAUUCUUCCACUCGUAAUUAAGUCCAAUAUUUGCUAAUACUUUUUUUUUAUUUUACCUUUUGUCUUUUCAACCGAAUGUAACUCGAGACCUCGUUGAUUUGUUUAUGUAGUGAUUUCUUUUUUUCUUCUCAUUAUGUGUGAUUUAAAUUAGUAAAGCUAAUGAGAAAGGUCCAAAAAUGUCAGACUUUGAGACCAAAUGUCGCUCUUAACACUGAACCCUGGUUGGGUUUUUUCGUCUUGAGCAGCUCCAUGAUUAGUUUCUGUCUGUGUUCAUCAAGCAAAGCAGAAAAUGUGAAUCAAUUAUGCAACUGCUGAGAUAAAACUCCACACGUUGCUGCUGUUUCAGAGCAGAUCAGCGCUGCAAAAAAUAUCCUCGACAACUCAGCCAUGCCAUCUUUGAAGUCUUCAAAUUUGAUCUUUUUGGUAAUUUGCCAAUGCUGUGAAUCCCACGGGAAUUUCACGCAUUUUUCAUUGACGUUAUCUUUACAAAAUAAAUCAUUCCAUCGGGCUGUUUGUUUCAAAAUGUCAUUUGAUUCCUGAAAAUUUCAUGUCGAUUGGCCAUUUUCCUGCUGCGUGAGAAGCUAUCGAGCAUGUCAUCAACCGUACAAUGCACUGGUACUCAGCCUUUAACUGGAACGUUCACUGAAUAUUUUCUGUACAGCAGGUACAGUACGUGCAGCCGACAGUGAUAUCACUGCUGGAAUGUAAAAGCUUAUUUUUGAAAGAACAGUUUCUACUCCAGUGGCUCGGGCAUGUGAGGUCGUUCAGAGAAGCAAUAAACUACGCAAACUAAGCUACAAAGAAAAUCCAGGUCUCCUCUGACGUGUAUAUAAAACACAAUAGACAAUCUGUCGUGACGUCACACUGCGUUCUGUCCCUGAGGCUGCUACGUUUCCUGAGCUUUCUGUUCCCUUUGAUGCUCCUCACAGGAAAAGGUGACUUAGAUCGUCUGACGGCAUGAACAUCCAUCUUGUUGAAAAGUUGCUGAUCGCCUUUACAGAUGCCAUUAACAUGCAGGAACGCAGGCUUAAAAGUCAAUAGAGUCAAAGCGUCCAGGAUGUGCUCAAGGUCUGUGACAGCAAAGACGGAAAGUCCUGAUUUGGUGCUCUGCAGGUCAAUAGACAUCUGCACGUGUGUUAAAACUGGACAAAUUUGACUGAAAGUGACUGAUUUUCAACCUGUUGUCAAAAUAUGAAUUCACUUCAAACCAGACAUGUCUCCGUGUUCUUGAUCUGCAAACUGCCAAAUCAGUGAAGGUUUGCAUGUCUGACGCUGGGUUUAUACAAUAAAUAAAUCAAUACAUCUGUCUACAACAGCACAACUAAUGGACAUAACUGUGACCCAAAUGUCUUGAGCUCAUUUUCUUUCAAUACGUGCAGUUAUGACACUGACCCUGUUUUAGAUAAAGACCACGCUACAAUAUGAGGUAACUCCAUGUUGUUAUACAGUCACUGAUUGCGUUGUAACAAUGGUUCUAACCUAGAUGUCUGGAAAAACAUUUAAACCAAAUCUAAGCCACUUCUAACAGUCGGCCUUUGAAACACAAAUCCUUCCCAGCACUGGAGUUGUUCCGGCCGCUGUGCUGCGGCUCACAUGUCCUGUUUGGAAAAGCAACUAAAAGCAGCACUCAGGGUAUCUGCAAUACUCUAAAAGCACUGAAUUCAGUUCCCUCCAAGUUCUUAAAAACAUUUUUAAAAAAGUCUUGAAAUUCAUUUACAGAAGCCUUGAUUAUUUCUCCUUCCCUGCUGCAGACAGUAACACUAGUUAAACAUGUUUGUAUGUGACUGCAGCUGCCAGAAGACGUGAUUGGGCUGCAGGAGGCCGUUUGAUCCUUUUCUAUGGAGUUUCAGUAAAGCAUCGUCACUUCAGUAGAAAACAGCAUCACCAGCUGACAAUGGACAAGUCAAGAUUCUUGUGAGAAUGUGAAUGAAUUUAACUGGGUUCAAGUAAAGUUCCCUGACAUGAUAUACACCUCUGAAAAGUGCAGAAAACAUCAACAAGCAAUCGUAGGCCUAAGUGUCCCCAUCAGUUUGAUUAUGAAAGUGUUAGUGGUGAAUACUGCAGAAACUCUGAGCAGAUAUAAUACUGGAGUAAUUGCCAACCUGUAAAUAGUUUUCACGUUAACUUCCAAGUUGUUACGACUGUGGAAGUCCGAUUUUUCUGAAAACUUGCCACGUAACGAUAUAGAAAAGUGCCUGAAAACUCCAAAAAAUAAGGACAACUCUCACGCACCAAAGACCAAAUGAACCAAAACUGAAUGGACACAGUGUCAUUGCAUCGACUUAAUUACGUGAAGGCUCAAAAGUUGCUCCCAUCCAUCCAGUAUUUCCUCCAAUCCAAUUUAUACUGAGCUGUGAACAUUGUUAAAAUACAUCAAAGUGUGCAGCAGCACGGCAGCUGAACAGCUCGGCGGGUGUCAGAUGGAACAGCUGGGUUUUACUGUGAAUUCUGGUGUAAAUUAAAAAAAAAAAAAAGCACAAGUAUGAAGAGCAGUGGUCCAGCAGGAAACCUGAGCCUCUACAUUCAGACAUUGCUGUUGACAUUGUAGCUCAGAUGCAGUCCUCAACUUGAAAUCAAACGUCUUCUUGUGUCCAGAGCUCCAUUUUCUUUGCUGGCUUUUCUACUUCUGACAUCAAACACACAGACAGUACAGAACAACAACACUUAAAACUGUAAAUGACAUGUAGGACAUGAAGUUCAAAAUGUCAAGAUUACCGUAAUUUCCGGACUAUUGAGCGCACCGGAAUAUAAGCCUCACCCACUAAAUUUAAAAAGUAAAAAAAGUUUUGUACAUAUACAAGCCUUACCUGACUAUAAGCCGCAGGUGUCCACGUUGUAACAUGAGAUAUUUACACAGAAAGAUUUUUUUAAAAACUUUUAAUUAAAGUAUGCUUUUUCCGAACAGUGCCUGUAACAUCGCAGUAAAACGCAUUGAGUCAGUUCACGCUGCCGACUCCAACGUCUCACCAUUGAUUCACUGAUAUCAAGCUUACGCUCUAUUUCCUUCUUCGACAGGCAGAUCGGUUGCCUUUAACUUAAAAACUGUGUUUCCGACCCGAUUCUGCCGGCCGCCGAACCGCGGUUUGGCAGCCUCGGGUAGCGCUAGCCCGCUUAGCUUAGCGGUUGGGCAGCCUCGGGUAGCGCUAGCCCACUUAGCUUAGCGGUUGGGCAGCCUCGGGUAGCGCUAGCCCGCUUAGCUUAGCGGUUGGGCAGCCUCGGGUAGCGCUAGCCCGCUUAGCUUAGCGGUUGGGCAGCCUCGGGUAGCGCUAGCGCGCUUAGCUUAGCGGUUGGGCAGCCUCUGGUAGCGCUAGCCCGCUUAGCUUAGCGGUUGGGCAGCCUCUGGUAGCGCUAGCCCGCUUAGCUUAGCGGUUGGGCAGCCUCGGGUCGUGCUAGCCCGCUUAGCUUAGCGGUUGGGCAGCCUCUGGUAGCGCUAGCCCGCUUAGCUUAGCGGUUGGGCAGCCUCGGGUCGUGCUAGCCCGCUUAGCUUAGCGGGGCUCGUUAAUGGUAACCGCCAGAUAUAAGUCCGGACAAACUUUUCAGGGGGAGAAUGAGGCACUUUAUUGAACCGGCAGCAACUGUCCACGUGCACUGGCUUCCCACUUUUGUCCUGUAUAACUGGCUGUAUCAUCAUGGUGCAUCUCACUAUGCCUCCGCUUCCACACUCAUCUCGGCAACACACACACCUGUAGCGCUCCUCCUCACAUCACACACAUAUACACACACACACACACACACACACACACACACACACACACACACACACACACACACACACACACACACACACACACACACACACACACACACACACACACACAUCGCAACUUGCUGAGGGUAAAGGAGAGCAGACUCGACCUGCAACAGCUGCAUCAUAUGCAUUUCUUUGUGUGUUUUCCAUGAUGAGGGUGUGUGCAUGAAGCGCAAAAUGACUGAUUUGAAUAAUUUAGUGUGAGUGUGUUUGAUUUAAUUCGAGCAGUUUCAUUGGUCCACUGUGACCUGUUCGGUAAUUUUAUUGGUCUGAUGUGACGAGGCUAAAUGUAUUGAUGGCAUGAAGCUCGCACGUAAAAAUCUAUACUUUAGCCGCAUCGUUGUAUAAGCCGCAAGGUUCAAAGCGUGAGAAAAAAGUAGCGGCUUAUAGUCCGGAAAUUACGGUAAUGUGGAACAAGUGAGACGAGUUUUUCCUGCAUGUUAAUGUCGAGUGUGAAGGGUCCACGUUGUAAACUUCGCCUGUGAUUAAGACCUCAGUAUUUAACACCGGAGUGACGACCUCAAAGUAUUUCCCCAAAUGUACAAGAACAUGUCGUGAAUUUGCUACGAUCCAUUUCUCGCCACACAUUACAAUCAUUCCUCGGGAAGCACUGCCUUUGUCCACUGUCCAUUUUUCUAACGCUGAUCUCUCUAACACAUGAAUAAAUGCAUUCCAUGUUUCACUCA